AUGCAGAGAGAUAUAAUUUUUAGACUUAAACCUUAAGAAUAGUUGAAUUUGGCUGCAGCAAUGAAGGAAUUUAUAAUAUAUGAGAGACAGAUGGUUGAUUUAAAGAAUUAAAUUUUGAUAGCCUAAGAUGUAAAUUGGGCAGCUAUCUCAAAAUUAAUCGGAUCAAAGUUAAAUUUUAAAGAAUUUUUAUCAAUGCUUAAAAAGCUAAAACUUGAAUGUAAUAAUGAAGUGGCUAAACGCUUAUUUUCUUGUUAUGAUAAAUCAGAUAAAGGGUUUUUGGAUGAGGAAGAUCUGAAAUUGAUGAUUCUUCCAAUUUCUAUUGACAUAGAUAAAAUUAAUUAAAAUGGAGAGAUUAAAAUUGAAGUUUUAAGCAGACUAUUUUAAGGAAUAUUAGAGGUUUAACUAAAAUAAUUAAAAUGUUUGAGUUAUUAUAAAUUUAAUGCAGAAUUAGCUUUUAAAUUGUUAAGUCAAGGAAGAUUGACAGUAAAUUAAAAUCAUGUUAAACAGUUUUUGAAAGCAAACGGUAUUUAAUGUACAUUUAAUGAAUUGCGUUAGUUGCAUCCAUUUGAUUUGAACUUAUAAUAAUUUAUAAUUAAAUAUGAAUGCAAAAUUUGA